CUCUCUUCGUCUAAUUACAUACCUGCCUCGUGUGUAGAUUUCAGAAAGUGCAGUUACAAAUAUCGGAUCUAUCAUAUUAUAAAUAUUCAAAUGUAUACCGCGAUCGCCUCGCUUCUUUCUUGCCAAAUCAAUGAUGAAAACGGGCGAUAAAAUUUUACGAGACGCGAUCAUGAGGAUCGGACUUAUGAUCUUUGACAUCGCGCGGCGAGUCCCGACGUCACGUCGUUCUUUCUCAUCCUGCAAUUAUGAUCGCGCGCCGGCGACAACAAAACAUGGCGGUGUCAAAGGUCAGGAGAGAUGGACUCGCGGCCGGUCCAUGCCGCGGUCACGCCGCCGAUUUCGCUAAUCGUGCGCCGGGCAUCGUGGUAGAGACAAUGGGCGGCAAAUGGUCAAGCAUGGAUCCCUCGGAGGUUAAGGUACCGGAGAUAGACGCCCUUCUCGAAAGGGACCCGUACCUGAAGCCGUACGAAAAUGACAUUCGUCGGAGGUAUGCUUUGUUUAUGGAUUAUAUUGAUAAGAUAGAAGAAGGUGACGGAGAUCUGAAACGAUUUACUAGCUCGUAUGAGAGUUUUGGUAUUCAUAUCAAGGGUGACAAUAGUGUCAUCGCGAAAGAGUGGGCACCUGGUGCGCAGGAGGUAUUUCUGACUGGAGAUUUCAAUAAUUGGCAAAAAACCACUGUGCCAUACAAAAAAUUAGAAUAUGGUAAAUGGGAGCUACAGCUUCCUCCAAAUGCAGAUGGCAGUUGUCCUUUAAAGCAUCUCUCUGAAGUCAAGCUUAUUAUCAAAAGUCACAACAAUGAGUUACUUGAAAGAUUAAGCCCUUGGGCAACUUAUGUUACUCAGCUGGCAAAUAAAUCUGAAGGGACUACUUACAAACAACGUAUAUGGCAUCCAGAAAAUGUAUACAAAUUCAAACACCCCAAACCAAAGAGACCAGAAAGUCUUAGGAUUUACGAAUGUCAUGUUGGAAUUAGUACACAGGAAUGUCGCGUUGGCACCUACCUGGAAUUUGCUAGGGAUGUGAUACCUAGAAUCGUAAGACAAGGAUACAACGCGAUACAACUAAUGGCAAUAAUGGAACACGCUUAUUAUGCUAGUUUUGGAUAUCAGGUUACGUCUUUCUACGCGGUCUCGUCCCGCUAUGGAACUCCGGAAGAAUUAAAAGAACUGGUGGAUGUGGCGCAUCAGCAUGGUCUUUACGUUUUACUGGAUAUUGUACACUCCCACGCUUCCAAAAAUACUUUGGAUGGGCUGAAUAUGUUCGAUGGUACGGAUGCGUGCUUCUUUCACAGCGGUUCUCGUGGCGAGCAUUCCCUGUGGGACAGCAGAUUGUUUAACUACGCGGAAUACGAAGUACUUCGGUUCUUACUGUCCAAUCUACGUUGGUACAUUGAGGAGUAUAGUUUCGAUGGAUUCAGAUUUGAUGGCAUUACAUCAAUGUUAUAUCAUUCGAGAGGUUUGGGACAAAGUUUCAGUGGUCAUUACGAUGAAUACUAUGGUCUGAAUGUCGAUGUGGAAGGCAUAGUGUACUUGAUGCUCGCCAACCACAUGCUGCACGAAAUAUAUCCUGAAAUUGUCACAAUAGCCGAAGACGUUAGUGGAAUGCCAGGUGUUUGCAGGCCAGUUGCCGAAGGCGGGAUGGGAUUUGAUUAUCGGUUAGCCAUGGCUAUUCCCGACAAGUGGAUUAAGCUAUUGAAAGAAGUCAAAGAUGACGACUGGAAAGUCGGCGAUAUUUGUUGGACGCUCUCCAAUCGAAGGUGGAUGGAGAAAGCGGUUGCUUAUUCUGAAUCUCACGAUCAAGCCCUCGUGGGCGAUAAAACAAUUGCAUUCUGGCUCAUGGAUAAGGAGAUGUAUACACACAUGAGCAUGCUAAGUCCGCACAGCGAGAUUAUUGCUCGUGGCAUUGCCCUUCAUAAUCUAAUCACGCUAAUCACGCAUGCUUUAGGCGGAGAAGCUUAUCUCAACUUCAUAGGCAACGAAUUUGGCCAUCCUGAGUGGCUGGACUUUCCGAGAAUUGGAAAUUCAGACAGCUAUCAUUAUGCCAGACGUCAGUGGAAUUUAGUGGACGAUGAAUUACUCAAGUAUAAAUAUAUGAACAAUUGGGAUCGCGCUGUAAAUACGCUCGAAGAAAAGUACGGAUGGUUGCAUGCCCAUCCCGGCUACGUGAGUUGGAAGCACGAAGACGAUAAGGUGAUCGUGUUCGAUCGAGCUGAUCUCGUAUUCGUCUUUAACUUUCAUCCAGUCAAAUCAUUUGCCGAUUAUCCGGUCGGUGUAAAAAAUCCAGGAACAUACAAGAUCGUUCUAUGCAGCGACGAUGAACAAUUCGGAGGUGAACGUCGUGUAGAUACGAGCGUGCAGCAUUUCACGCAACCAGAAGCGUUUUCCUCUUAUCCAAACAAAAUGAUGAUCUACAUUCCGCGUCGUACUGCAUUAGUCUAUGCACAAAGUGAUCGCUAGUAGUUGUCUCUCGUGAAUGAAGACUGUUUAAGAAUCACAAAUAAUAGAUCUAUAUAAUAUAAAUAAGUAGAGAUUUAUUUUUGUAAAAUAUAAUUCGAUAAAAUUUGUCUUCCUUAUUAGGAAAUUUUAAAAUCGAUAAUUGCGUUUAUAUAUUUACAGUUAUUAGACAUCUGUUUAUUUGUUUUAUCAAAUUUUUGUAUCCUGUAGUUACCGAAUCACGAAUAUAUACAUGUUUUCCAAAAA